GAGGGGGGAAGGGGAGAACAUGGGAGGGAAAUAGGAUCCUCCCACCUUGACUCGCUGUUAUCGACACAUGCCAGGAUCAAUUGGUUGCCUUCACCAGUCACCCAUCCAGUACCCCGCAUUUUGGAGGCCUUGAGCAGAUGGUUUGUCGCUGCCAGCACGGCUUGUCACACGCAGUCCGGAGUAGUGUCGCCCCGACAAGCAGCUGUCGAGGGACGGCGAUGACGCCGAUGCUCCCAUUGUCAACUUUUUCUCUUCUCUCUCCGUCUCAACUAGCUCGCUCACUAACGGCCUCAUCCACUCACCGGUCAUUCAUUGCUGCCCAUCAGCCCCCCUCUCCAGCCAAGGAAUCGCAUCCUCUGCGUCUCAUGAUGGACCGUCACCGCCGCCGCCGUUAUCAUUGGGAGGGGCGCGGAUGACGCGCAGCCGCAGCACCAGCAGCAGCAGCAGAGGUUGGGCGCUAAUCCGGCCGGGUGGAUGUCGGAAAGAACUUUCGACUGCCAAUGCUCU